GCUUUUGCCCUCGUCGGAUUUAUGGUUAUUACGGUUAUACCAAGCAGGUUAUGAUUGCUGUCGGCUGCCGGAAACUUGAGAGCCGAAGCUCUUCCCCUGCUCUCGGCUUCCCUCGCCCCAGGUUCUUCCGAUACCGCCGCUUGAGGUAACCGGAACCACUCCUCCCGCUCAAAACGAAACGCCACAAAAGUAGUUAUUUCCGUUUUCAUCAUCGCCUGUAUUAGUUAUUUACGGAAAAUGCCGAGCCCGAAGAUUUCUAGCCGGAGGGGGCAGCCGGAAGAGAAGAACCGCAGGCCGAGACCGCUCUCUGUUCGAUCGUCAUCAUUCCACGGCCAGUUCACGGAUGCGGCGCCGCCGCCGCAGCUUCGGAGGCCCAAAACGGUGCCGGACAUGGCGUCGUUCAGGAACGCAGUCGGAACAACGGUGUCGUCGACGGAAUUACGGCCGAAGCUGACGAAGCUGCUCCUCAACGUUACGAUCCAGGGGAGCGUCGGGGCCGUACAUGUUGUGAUGUCGCCGGAAUCAAAGGUCGGAGAUCUGGUCGCGGCGGCCGUGCGGCAGUACGGCAAGGAAGGUCGCCGUCCAAUCUUGCCUUCCGUUGAGCCGUCGUUAUUCGACCUCCAUUACUCGCAGUUCAGCUUAGAAAGUUUGGAUAGGGAGAAGAAGCUGAUGGAGUUGGGAUCCAGGAACUUUUUUCUAUGCCCGAACGCAAUAGCGGUGGGCGGUGGCUGUAGCGAUGGCGGUGGCGGCGGCGGGGGAGCGACGGCGUCGUCCGCUUCGUGUUCGAAAGAGGCGGAGAAAGUUUCACGAACUGGGUUUGCGUGGCUCAAGUUCAUGGAUUUCUUGUUGUAAUUGGGAUUAAUUAGUUUUGGCAAAAUUAAUUAAGAUGUUAAUUAUUUUUGCAAAAAUGCAUGUGGCAGUGUGUGUAUAUGUAGGUGGGUAGUGUUCCUUGUUAGCAAAACAAAAAGGUAUUUUGGUCA